CACCGAACAGCCGAGAAUGCAGUUUGUUUAACUUCUCAGUCGAUUCGCCUUUCCGGAAAAAGUUUUAAACUACCAAGAAACUUAUUCUGAACGAUUACCCAUAAUCAAUAUCCUUAUCAAACGGUUUUAUAGAUUGAUCAUACCACAAUCUAUCUCUAAAUUUCAUAGAUAAUCCAGAUACGACAUUAGACAUAUAUCAAUUCCAAAGAUAUUACAUCCCAAUGAAUAUCAGUUAAUCGUACUCUUAUCCAGAUUGACAUUCAGAUACUCAAUCCUAAACGAAAAAAGUGACACAUAGAAUAUAAGACAAAAGACAACCUGGCAGAUCUUCAACACAACAAGAUAGCUCCAAGCCUCUCUUGAAUUAUCGCAACGACCUGCCUAGUUGUCUUAAACGGAAGGAAGUAUCGUUCGACGACUGGCAAAAGGAUAAGUCGUGUCGCAAGGUUGUUUCAUUGAGAACAAACCAGUUAGACAGUUUCGAUGCAAUGAACUACAGUUCCUUAAACGAUUGUAAUAGCCACUCUGCACAUAGAAUACACAAAGUCAAGCUACUCCAGUCGGUGUAUAGUGCGUGAAUACGAAUGAGCAUAACAGACGUACUCGUAACCUCAAAAGUCUUCUCGCAGUAGAUCCUCGUGGUCGUAAUAAUCCCAUCAGAAGUAUCGGGUCUCCAGGUCGUACGAAGCGGCGUCUGUAACAGUGGUUAUAUCGUCCUAUAAGUUUGAUUAGGGUAGUCGAGCUGUUUGAUCGACUCGCAUAAGCAUAGGAACAAUAACUAUUACGAAACUUAUGACAAGACAAUAAAACCUGCUAACUCAAUAUUAUACUCUCGGAAGAGUCCUCGUAAACAGUCUGGAGUGUUAUCGCGAAACGUGAAGUAUAGUCGAGCAUGCGUCAGAUAUGAAAGAGUAAAAAAGGGGGUUCCAGGUGGGAGGAAAGUCUACGUCUGUAAUAGGCUGCUGAUUGAGAUAUACUUCAGAAUUGUCAUAUCGGUAAAGAAUAGUGGCCAUUGAUAUUAAGAGGCAAAAAGGCAGUACUCGGCUCUGCCUCAGUCGGUAUUUCAACGUGGAUCGUCAGUGCAGCCAUCAUGUCAACAGGAAUGGUCCUCAAACUACUAUUAUUAGGCCUUUGUCUCGUAGCGACGCUUGCUCGGCCUUCUGAACGAGACGAAGACGAUGUUAUCGCGGACGAUGAUACCCCAGUGCCUUUUUCCUUGGAGGAGGCGUAUUCCGGUAGAUUCUCGGCGUACUCCUUCAACGGCACUUGGAUCUCUUCGACGGAAAUAAUGUACCGGCAGAGCGGUACCAAAAACUUACUGAAAUUCAGUGCCAGCAGCUUAGAAAGCGUGGAAUUCCUCAAUGCUACAGUUUUGACAGACGUCAACGGCACGGGUUACUCCUUGUCACCUGACGGACUUUACCUUCUUAUUCGCUACGAUGACGUCACGGGAUUCAGACACUCGACAUACAGCAAAUACCUGGUGUACGAUAUUGCGGAUCAAAGGUACGAUGAGAUAGCAAAUUUGGAACAUCUUCCACUGGCGUCCUGGGCGCCAACUGGUAACGGGCUCGUCUACGUGCUGGACAACGACGUCUACUACAGGAGCAUUUCUGGCAACUCCGCCACGGUGAGAAGACUGACAAGCGAUGGGGAGACUGGUGUGGUUUAUAAUGGCGUACCUGACUGGGUUUACGAAGAGGAAAUACUCGGUACCGGAAGUGCAGUCUGGUUUUCGCCCGAUGGAAAUCACUUGGCGUUUGCCACUUUUGACGAUACCGAUGUUAAGGAAGCGACUUAUUAUUAUUAUGGGGAACCUGGUGACGCGGAGUAUCAAUAUCCUACCGAUGUAAAAAUUAAAUAUCCCAAGGCUGGCAGCACAAAUCCACUUGUGUACUUGACUCUAGUGGAUCUAUCCAAUGCAUCCAGUCCAUUGAUAAAUCUGAGCGCGCCGAUAGACAUUGUAGGCUCGGAUCAUAUCUUAUACACCGUUUCCUGGCUGAACGAUGAAACUGUCGCUGUUACGUGGACGAAUCGUGUUCAAAAUGUCGGGCAGAUUGUCGCUUACGACGUUUCUGGAAACGAAACGUAUCUGUUAACGUUAAACGAGACAGAAGGAUGGUUGGAGGUUCCCACUCCUAUAAUCCAUGACGAUUAUUUGAUCCUGUUAAGUUAUCAGGAGUCGGGCACGGCUGCGGGACGUUUUAAUCACGUGACAAGAUAUCAAUUGUCCAACGGUGUCCUAAGUAACGAGACUGACAUGAGUCCUGGCACUGUUGCCGUUACUUCUCUGCUUGGCACUGAUAAAAUCAACGAGCGAAUCUACUACUUGGCCACAGGAUCCGAUGAACCGUCUCAGAGAAAUUUAUAUUCAGUGCCAAUAAAAGGUGACAAUGAGCCUACCUGCAUCUCUUGUAAUUACCUGACACCUGAAGGUAACAAUUGCACCUACGCAACGGUCCGCUUUUCCAGUGACAUGUCCUUCUAUACGUUGACCUGUGCUGGUCCAGAUCCCACGACAGCCAGGAUUUACAACUCUAGCCACCAGCAGGUAUAUUCCUGGCAGGAGAAUGAAUCACUGCGAGAGAGACUUAAGGCCAAGCUGCAGCCAACGCCAUUGAAUUUAAUAAUUACUGCUAAUGGAUACGGCAGUAAAGUUCGUUUACUUCUACCACCCCAAUUCGAUGAAAAUGAUUCGUACCCCAUGAUGGUUUACGUGUAUGCCGGACCAAACACGGUCAGGAUCACGGACGCAGCCUCCUACGGUUUUCAUUCGUUUAUGACGACAAACAGAAGCGUGAUUUACGCCUGGAUCGAUGGCAGAGGAAGUGCCUACAAGGGUAGCGCCAUGCUUUACGAGAUAUACAGAGCAUUAGGUACUGUUGAGAUUGAGGAUCAAAUAGCUGUUACUAAAAUUCUUAAAAACAAAUAUUCCUGGAUAGACUCAAACAGGAUUGCUAUAUGGGGUUGGAGUUAUGGUGGCUACGCCACUGCCAUGGUUCUGGCUACUGACACAGAAUCUGUGUUCAAAUGCGGAAUAUCCGUAGCGCCAGUCUCUUCCUGGAUUUACUAUGACACCAUGUAUACAGAGAGGUAUAUGGGGUUGCCUACGAAGGAGGAUAAUCUGUAUGGUUAUAACGCGAGUGACGUUACCAGAUUGGUUGAUGGUAUACGUGGAAAGAAAUACAUGUUAAUUCAUGGUACUGGCGAUGAUAACGUUCACUAUCAGCAAGCAAUGGCAUUGGCUAAGGCUCUUUCUGCCGCGGAUAUAUUAUUCGAGCAGGUGUCCUAUACGGACGAGGCGCACGGGCUUACCAGCGUUUAUCCUCAUCUUUAUCACACGAUGGAUAAAUUCUGGGGCGAUUGUCUAGAUUUGAGUUAUAUUUACUGAAAGGAGCAAGUACAAAUGCCUUUUUACGUGUACGCAGUUAGUACGUAUGUACUAUGAAAGAAACCUUCAUACCUCUGUACAUAAGUAGAUAGUCCAGGUAUAAAAGAAAAGAUGGUAGAGGAAAGAAGAGCGCAAGUUAUCGUUAUCAUUGACUGGAUCGUUAUCGUUAAUCCAAAAAAAACUUUUCCUUUUCUUAA